UCACAUCUAACGCCGGCAAAAACACCACAGUUCACAAAAAAAAAAAAAAAAAAAAGGAGUGCAAAAAUACAUUGUACGCGUUGCCUUUCAAUUUUCACUUUCGUUCCUUUUCUCGCCAACCAAACAUAAACGCCACCUCAUCCGCUGCUUGCAAAAACCCAUCUAAAACCCUAACCGUCAAUCGACCGAAGAUCCCAUAAGUUUGAAAUCCAAAUCAAUGUCACGAUCAUGAAACUUCACUCCGUGCUGCGCCAAAUCUCUCAUCCCAAGCCACCAUGGAUUCAGCAUAUUCGCACCUCGUGUACAGAAAAAAUAGCUACUUCGAGUGACGUUCUCCCCAUCGUUGCCACUGUCGACCCCAUGGAACCAGCUCUAGAACCUAUGGUUCCAUUCCUAUCCCCUGGCCUUGUCACCUCUAUAAUAAAAAAUCCGCCAAGUCCUCAAUUGGGGUUUCGUUUCUUUAUCUGGGCAUCCAAGUACAAGCGUUUUCGCUCGUGGCUAUUUCACACUGUAAUCCUUGACAUGCUCAUUAAAGAUAAUGGGCUUGAAUUGUAUUGGCAAGUUCUCAAUGAUAUAAAAAAAUGUGAUCUUUCGAUAUCCGCUGCUGCAUUUACAGUGUUGAUUCAAGCAUAUGCGAAGAUGGGUAUGGUUGAGAAGGCCGUGGAAGCUUUUGAAAGGAUGAAAGAUGUUGACUGUGAGCCUGAUAUUUUUACUUGUAAUACGAUUUUGAGUGUCAUAGUGCGUAAAGAGGUUUUUUUGUUAGCUUUAGGGAUUUAUAAUAGAAUGUUGAAGAUCAAUUGCUUACCAAAUAGUUAUACAUAUAGCAUGUUAAUAGAUGUGCUGUGUAAGAGUGGGAAAACCCAUAAUGCACUUCAAAUGCUCGAUGAAAUGACACAAAGAGGAAUUUCGCCAAAUAAGGUUACAUAUACAAUAAUCAUUUCAGGGUUGUGUCAAGCUCAGAGGACUGAUGAUGCUUAUAGGUUGUUUAAUACGAUGAAAGAUAGUGGAUGCAGACCUGAUUUUGUUACUUAUAAUGCUUUGCUUGAUGGGUUCUGUAAGUUAGGUAGAGUUGAUGAGGCAAUGGCUCUUUUAAAGUUUUUUAAAAAGGACGGUUAUGUGCUUAACAAAGAGGGAUAUAGUUGUUUGAUUGAUGGGUUGUUUAGAGCAAGGAAAUUUGAAGAUGCGCAAUUGUGGUACAGGCAAAUGAUUGAGGAUAAUAUCAAGGUCGAUGUUAUCUUGUACACUAUAAUGAUGAAGGGGUUACUGAAAGCGGGCAAAGUUAAGGAUGCACUGAAGUUGCUGAGUGAGAUGACUGAAAGAGGUGUGGUUCCUGAUAGUCAUUGUUAUAAUGCUUUGAUCAAAGGUUUUUGUGACAUGGGUCUUCUGGAUGAGGCAAAAUCACUUCGUCUUGAGAUUUCGAACCAUGAUUCCUUUCCUAAUACCUGCACUUAUACCAUUCUCAUUUGUGGUAUGUGCAGGAAAGGGCUGGUUGGGGAUGCACAACAAAUGUUCAAUGAGAUGGAGAAGCUUGGAUGUUAUCCUUCUGUGAUUACAUUCAAUGCUCUUAUUGAUGGACUUUGUAAGGCGGGAAAGCUUGAGGAAGCUCAACUUUUAUUUUACAAGAUGGAGAUAGGGAGAAAUCCUUCAUUGUUUCUUCGUCUUUCUCAGGGAGCAGAUCGGGUUCUUGACACUGGAGGUCUACAAACCAUGGUGGAGCAAUUGUGUGUCUCAGGAUUGAUUCUCAAGGCAUACAAAAUUCUCAUGCAACUUGCUGAUAGUGGGUUUGCACCUAACAUCAAUACUUAUAACAUUCUGAUCAAUGGUUUUUGCAAGGCAGGCAACAUUAAUGGUGCUUUUAAGCUUGUAAAGGAGCUUCAACUCAAGGGGCUGUCGCCAGAUUCUGUAACAUAUGGAACUCUUAUAAAUGGGCUUCUAAGCAUUAAAAGAGAAGAGGAUGCCUUUAGGGUACUCGAUCAGAUGUUUAAGAGUGGGUGUACACCAACUACGGCAGUUUAUAAAUCACUUAUGACUUGGUCAUGCAGGAGAAAGAAGGUAUCUUUAGCUUUUAAUAUUUGGUUGCAAUAUCUGCAGAAUGUUUCUGGCCGAGACAAUGAAGUAGUUAAAAUAAUAGAGGAAUAUUUUGAGAAGGGAGAGGUGGAGAAGGCAGUUCGAAAGUUACUUGAGAUGGACUUUAAGUUAAAUGAUUUUGAGUUGGCACCGUAUAGCAUCUGGCUAAUUGGACUGUGCCAGGCAGGAAGAGUGGAAGAGGCUUUAAAUAUAUUUUUCAUUCUUCAGGAGUGCAAAGUUGUUGUCACCCCUCCAAGUUGUGUGAAGUUAAUACGUGGAUUAUGCAGAGAAGGAAAUCUUGACCUUGCAGUGGAAAUGUUUCUUUACACAAUUGAGAAAGGUUACAUUUUGAUGCCCCGAAUUUGUAACCUACUACUUAAGUUGCUGCUUCGUUCUGAGGAUAAAAGGGAUCAUGCAUUUGAUCUUUUGAGCAGGAUGGAGUCACUGGGAUAUAAUUUGGAUGCUCACCUCCGCCCAACUACGAAAUUCCUUCUACAUAGUGAUACAGUACAUCAUAGGCACGAGAAAGAGUAAGCUGCUAAAGUAUUCAACUUUUGCUAAAAUCAUGCUCCAUGGAAAUGUAGGUUGACUUGGGACCUUUUUAAGUCUUUAUUAGAUCUCAGGUUUUGAUAGAAAAUGACACAGAAGCUGAAAAUGGCUAUAAAUGAACUUUGGCAACUGCUAGAGCAUUACUGUGAAGAAAUGGAAAAAAUGCAGCUUGAGACUAAAAGGAUGAAGGGGAGAGGACUGGUGGCUCUGAUUCCACCAAGGCUGGGAUUGAAAUUCAUUUGAGUUUGAUAAUGUCAAUAAAAAUUACAAUUUCAUGUGCAUGCUUUUACAUUGUUUUGUUUCCAUCCAGGUAGUUAUUGCAAUUAUUGUAAAUCAGGGCUUUGACCUUGUAUUCUUUACCGGUUAUCUUAGUGGACCUAGACUUUUUUCAGAAUUCAUUGGAUGUAAUAACCAAUCAUCAAGAAAGUGGAUGGUACUUGGUUUUC